UUACAUGGUGGUUAGGUUAUGAAUUAGGAUUGGCUGCUUUGUAUUGCCGCUUGCUGCAAUUCCUCUUCCUCCGAUUCAUAGAUAGAUAGAUAUUCUUCACUCUUUCAUACCUUCUUCUUCUUCCUCUUUUUCUGUGAGUCACUUCUCAUCUCAAAUCUCAAUUGUCCAUCUCUUGUUUCAAUUUUCUUAUUGUGACUCACUAUUUUUUAAGAUAAAAUGGAUGAUCACAUUAGUGAAUUACCUGACGAUAUCUUGUCUUAUAUCCUCACAAUGUUAUCCAUCAAAGAUUUGUUGAAAACAAGUGUACUUUCUAAAAGAUGGCGCAAGCUUUGGGGUCUAAGAAAACAUCUGUACUUUGAUAUAUACAAUGUGCUUGGAACUGAGAAGGAACUACUAGAAAAAGGAUAUCUCACUGAAGUAACUGUUGACAUUGUAUAUUCUAGAACUUACAGAUGUGUCAAUUUGGAUUUGGGUCCCAAAGAAUUUAUAAAACGAGUAGAUCAAUUUCUCAACAAUUUUCCUGGCACAGCUAUCGAUUCUUUCUUUGUAAACUUCUAUUUUGAUUGUGAACAAAGCAACACUAUUGAUCGAUGGAUAUGUUUUGCAAUUGCGAGGGGAGUAGAGAGAAUCAAUCUACUCUUUCGAUGGUGGCCUUAUACCGCCAAUAGCACAACUCAAAACAAACUUUAUAAACUUGACUUUGGCUUAUUUACAAAUACUAUUACUAAUGUUUCAACUCUAAAGCAUUUGCGUCUUGAAAAGUGUCUUGUUUGCCAUCCCACCAACUGUGACUUAACUCCGUUCAAACAUUUGAGAUCUCUUUCACUUAAAUUUGUAAAAGUGGAUGAAAUAUUCAUAGAAAGUUUGUUAUCUAAUUGUCAACUCCUUCGAGAGCUUUCAUUAGUUCAUUGUGAGUUCAAUUCAUCAACGCCAAAGAUAGUAAGUUCAUCCUUAUAUCAUCUCAAAGUGUCAGGAUGCUGUAAGGUAUCCUCCAACAAUUUCACCAGAUUCAUAAGAUUAAUGUUAGUGGACUGCUUUAGACUCACUUCAUUAGAAUGUUGCGGAAAUGAUCUGUCUGCCUUAAACACUAAUACUCGUGUGCUGAAGAGAAUCAACUUCUCUAUUUACUUUGAUGAAAUUGAAAACUAUCUUAAUGCAUUUGCUCUCUGUGCAACUUUUCCUGAACUUGAGAUUAUGCGUUUGAAAAUAUAUACUAUCACUAUGGACCUUCUUCAGGUCGCAACUUCCCUAAAAAUAGCUCAACCACUCGAACAUCUUAAACAAUUGGACUGCAUCAUUUACUUGCCUUUCGACACCAUAAAUGAAGAGUGUGAUCUUAUGAUGAUUUUUAACAUCCUUCAAGCUUCUCCUCUUUUACAGAAACUUUCGAUCAUGAUUGCAGAGCCAAAAUUCUUUGAAAAACAGAAAGAUAUUAGGGAUGUUGAAAUAUUCUCUCAUGACGAGAUAAAAGUUAUUGAAUUUGGAGGUUGCGUUGGUAAUUGGUUUGAAAUUGAGUUUGUUAUGAAUAUUCUAAAAUAUGCCCACAAACUUGAGCAAAUAGUUGUGAGUCCCUAUUUCAGAGAAGAUGACUCGUCGAAUUGGAUGUUUGAUCCUUUGUGGUUUCAAAGUGGACGUGAAAGGAUGAUUGAAAAGCUCCAAGGUGAAGAAGUAGUCGGAAGAGAAAAACUCAUGUUCAUAUAAUAUUAUUGCUUUGCGUUUUUUAGGUACUAAUUUAUACACUAUUAUCAACAUUGCCCAUAAUUGUUUUGCUUAUGAUCAUUGCAUUUUGACUA